AUGAACAAACAACUGCUUCAGACUCUUCCACUGGCUAAAGGGAAGGACAUACACAACCGUAUAGCAAAGUUGGCACUGUAUAAGGAAUGUAUUGCGCUUGCUUCAAGUGUUAGUGAUCCUCUCGUGCGACAACACACAAUUGUAGAGGUUCGGGAAAAGUGGCUACUGAGCCGCGGUGAUGGCGGUCAGACAUUGCAGCUUCAGCUGGCGAGUGCUUUGGACAGAAUUGCGUAUGGGCGCAUGUGCGUAUCAAAACAACGACUGCGUCUCAUACCAAACGCAAGUGAAAAAUAUGAUUGGGGUGUUGUAAACCCUCUCGAGCACCACGCACAGCGAAUACAGCGCCGUGAAGAGAGGGAAAGUCCGGAUGCAUUUCCCCAUGGCGCAGGGCGUCGUGACUUUGUGCCAAUGACGAACUGGGGAUACGGAAACAUGGAUCCCGAUGCGGUCAUGCGCCAUAAGGAGUUGACGGACCGUCAGCAUUUUAUGGGCCCACAUUGGCGGAACAAACCCAAACCGGUGCUGUUGGAGGAUCUGAGCUUCGAGGAGCAAAUGUAUGUGCAGUUCCAAGGAAAACCAAAAAUGAAAAAGACACCCAAGAAACAUUAUUAG